CGCGGGAGAGGGCUCGGGCGUCCUGGAGAGGCGGCGUUGAAGGAGAGCCAAGGAAAGGAGGGAUGCUGUCUGCCCCGAGGCGGCGGUGUCCGCAUACUUGGCGACCACUGACACUAGAACGCAGUAACAGACGAUUUUCCUGUAGUUACCUGUAAUGAGCGGGCCAGGGAGCUGCCUACUUUCGCGAAGAGUGGAAAUAUGCCUUGAAGUAGGUUCAGGGUCUGGAGUGGUAUCUGCAUUCCUAGCCUCUAUGAUAGGUCCUCAAGCUUUGUACAUGUGCACUGACAUCCACCCUGAGGCAGCAGCUUGCACUCUGGAGACGGCACACUGUAACAAAGUCCACAUUCAGCCAGUAAUUACAGACUUGGUCAAAGGCUUACUACCAAGAUUGAAGGAAAAAGUUGAUCUUCUGGUGUUUAAUCCCCCCUAUGUAGUGACUCCACCUGAAGAGGUAGGAAGUCAUGGAGUAGAAGCCAUUUGGGCUGGUGGCAGAAAUGGUCGGGAAGUCAUGGACCGAUUCUUCCCACUGGCUCCAGACCUUUUGUCACCAAGAGGAUUAUUCUAUCUGGUUACCAUUAAAGAAAACAAUCCAGAAGAAAUUUUGAAAACAAUGACGACAAGAGGUCUACAAGGGACUAUUGCACUUUCCAGACAAGCAGGCCAAGAACUCCUCUCAGUCCUGAAGUUUACCAAGUCCUAACUUACUGUGUGUGCUGUGUAUUAUGCUGGAUUGUAUAUAUUGAUAAUAUAUGUUAUAUUGAAUAUAUAUAUGUGAAUAUGUAUAGAGAGAGAAGCUGAAUGUAUUUGGCAUAUUUUGAAAAUGAAGUCAUUUCUUCGUUAACAAGUGAAAUUGUCAGGUUAUAUAGAAAAAGGUGGGAAGGGCAUUGCAUUCCCUUUUCCCCAGGUAAUCAAGCCUACAGAAAUAGUUGAGUAAGUGCUAGUAAAUGCAUUUAGAAUAUAUAUUAUUUGCAUUUUACGUAUAAAACCUGAACAUGAGUGAUGUAUCCAGUCACUAAACAUGAGUCAGGUCUGAAGGUAUUCCUAAUGUACUACUGAGGGAAAAAAGCAAGUUACAAAACAGUAUGAUCCUGUAUGUAUAAUUUUGAAACCCAGCAGAGAGGCUAUGUGUGUAUGUGAACAUCGGAACAUCUCAGAAGGUACAUGGCAGGAGGGAACGCGGGACUUUUGCUCUUUUAUGGUAGCAUUUGCACAAUGGUAACAUAUGACUUGUAUAAUUUUAAAAAGGUUUUCAUUUAAAAAUUUUUUUAAUUUACUUUCACUUGUUCACUGUCUCCAUUCUAUUUCUAUUAUUUAGAAUGCCUUCUGCCUCCAUGUUUCUCCCUGGUCAGAUUGUUCCUGCCUUUUAUCCUUUGUCAUAUAUUUCUGUUUUCUUCUUUCCUAUAUGUGUAGGAUCAGAGUGAGUGGAAUCUAGAAUUUAUUUUUAAUUGGGCUAUAUUCAGAAUCAACUGGAGAAGCUUUUUAAGAUUAUAAAUUCCUAAGCCUGACCAUAGACCCGUGGACUCCUCUGCUGAACAGACCUAAAAAUGGCCUCUUUUAAAACGUGCUUCCCAGUGUUCCUUAAGGUAGUGCACCAAAUUUUAGAACUAUUGGUUUUUUUUGUUUUGUUUUGUUUGUUUUUAAAGAUCUAUUUAUUUAUUUGACAGAGAGCACAAGCAGGGGGAGCAGCAGAGGGAGAGGGAGAAGCAGACUCCCCAUGGAGCAGGGAGUCUGACACGGGGCUUGAUCUCAGGACCCCGAGAUCAUGACCUAGGCUGAAGGUAGACACUUAACUGACUGAGCCACCCAGGUGCCCCUAGAACUAUUGUUUUAAAUCACAUUAUUAUUUAAUGCUUAGGACAAUGCACAGAAAGAGUGGAAUUACCCUCCUUUGAUGUUCAGAAAGGUCAAAUAACUUGUCCAAAGAAGCACAGUAGUUAAAGGGUAAAGCCAGUACGGCAGCACUCAGACACAUCUGACUCCCAAACGCUUUCUUUCAAUUUGCUUAUAAUGCAGCAGUAAAGAUAUCAAAAUUAGUAUUUACUUGAGUCUAAUAUCUGUAAAUAUAUUCCCCUUCCCAGAAAUAGUCAUCUGAAAUGUUACAAUUAAAAAAAAAAAAAAAGGCUAAAAAAACUUAGAACUUUAUUGUGGGUCUUUAGUUAUAAUUUUGGAGAAUGGGGUCUUGAAUAUUUUCAGAUAACAUUUGAAACACUUUAAAAUUCGCAUAGAAGGGCGCCUGGGUGGCUCAGUUGGUUGAGCGACUGCCUUCGGCUCAGGUCAUGAUCCUGGAGUCCCGGGAUCGAGUCCCGCAUCGGGCUCCCUGCUCGGCAGGGAGUCUGCUUCUCCCUCUGACCCUCCUCCCUCUCAUGCUCUCUGUCUCUCUCUCAUUCUCUCUCUCAAAUAAAUAAAAUCUUAAAAAAUAAAAUAAAAUAAAAUAAAAUUUGCACAGAAGACGACUGUCAACAUAGGAGAUUAAAAACAUAGAAAUGCUACAUAAAUGACCCCAAAACUUCAGCAUAACUGUUAAUGGACUAAAUUGUGUCCCCCCACAUUCAUAUGUUGAGGUCCUGAUCCCCAGAACCUCAGAAGGUGAGUGUAUUUGCAGAUGGGCCUCAAAGAAGUUUAAUUACCUCUUUAAAGGAGGCCGUCAGGGUGGGCCCUGAUCCAGUCUGACUGGCCUCCUUACAAGAGAUUAGGACGUAGGGAGACACCAGGGAUGCUUAACACACAGAAACAAAGCACGUGAAAGUCAGUGAGAGGCAGCCAUCUGCGAGCCAAGGCAGGAGACUGCAGAAGAAACCCCACCUGCUGAUGCCUUGCUCUUGGACUCCAGCCUCCAGAACUGUGAGCAAGCAAAUUCCUGUUGCUGAAGCCACCAGCCUGCGGCUUUGUCGUAGUGGCCCUAGCAGACUCAUGUAGUAAUUAAAGGCAGGAAAUACUGCGUUCUGCAAACGAGAAAGCAGUGCCAGCGUGAAAAGUGCAUGCUGUGUCCUGGUGGUCAGAACUGUGGCCCGGAGCCUUCAGGAGGAGAGGUGCAGAUCCAGCUCUCUUUGUGUUAAGGAAGAGCUACUCAAUACAGGAAGAAAGAGGACCUGUAAAACCACAUCAUUUGGCCCAAGGGAAGCAGCAAAAAAAACGGUCAUACCUUGGAUGAAAAGAAAAAUAGUAAUAAUCUAUUACUGUUAUAGAUUAGGCUAACCUCUGUUGUAGGAUUUAAUUCAUCCUAUUUACGUGAGGUAGGAACAUUAACAUGAAAAAGUUAACAUUAAAAUUAUCUAAACCGUUGCUCACCGAGAAGCUACAAUCAAUGAGAGCAGAAAAAGAAAAAAACAAAAACAAAAAAACAGACACCUAAGGUAUAUAAACAGUGGAACUGUUAUAUUCAGAUUGUGGCAUGUUUGACAUGUUUAAAGAAUUAACAUAAAGAAAAGCUCAUACAAGAAGAAACUGGAAAGAACAAAUUGAAGUCGACUUUUAAAAAUGAGAAAUACAGACAUGGAAAUGCAUUAGUGUCAAUUUGUGCUUACCAAAAAAACAAACAAAAAAAAACAACAGUAUUUUAAAACAAAGGAGUGAUAAUAUUCCAUUCCAAAAUUAAGAUGUAGUUCUUUUUUUUUUUUCUUUUUUCCUCAUACUGGGAAGAAAAAGGAAUACAAAUUAAGGCAGGACUGAAAAAAGAGAAAAAUUUAGACAGGACUGAAAAGACUCAGGAAGAGAUUAAGAGAAAUAUAGCCAUGUUAGGAACCUUUAUGACUAAAUGUAAAUCAUUUUAUGUGUAGAUGUAGGAUGUGAUUCAUACAUACACUAAAAUUACUUUGCAUGUAAAAUAAUAUAAUACAAUACCAAUGCCUAUCUCCA